AUGACUGUAACAGCUGAAGAAGAACAGUAUUUGUAUAUGCCUGAUUUAUUUACUGUAACAGAUAUGAAGCAUUUUCGACGUGUUGCAUUUAUUGCUAUUACCUUAAGUACUGUAACAAUGUUAAGUUGUAUUAUUGUUAUGCCAAUGUCUUAUCAAUAUCUUCAAAAAGUGCAAAGUACAUUGAUAAAUGAUAUGGAAUUUUGCAAA